CAGUGGAUAUCGUCGAUAUAUGCCUUUGCUAUCCUGCACCAUGGCGGAGAGAAGUGGCCGGCUUAGCUUUCCCGGGAGCGGGGCGCUCAACAGACCUGUACCGAUGAACCUGUUCGCCACUUGGGAAAUAGAUGGCUCGUCACCAAAUUGUAUUCCAAGAUUGUGCAGUCUGACUCUAAAGAAGCUGGUAGUGAUGAAGGAGCUGGACAAGGAACUCAUCUCUGUCGUGAUUGCAGUCAAAAUCCAGGGUUCGAAAAGGAUCUUGAGGUCUCAUGAGAUUGUGUUGCCCCCCAGUGGAGUGGUGGAGACAGACUUGGCUCUGACCUUCUCAUUGCAAUACCCUCACUUCUUGAAGCGGGAGGGAAACAAACUGCAGAUCAUGUUACAGAGACGGAAGAGGUACAAGAACCGCACCAUUCUGGGUUAUAAGACCUUGGCUGUUGGAUCAAUUGACAUGGCUGAGGUGAUGCAGUAUCCCACCGAAGGAAGUCAGGUUCUGUCUUUAUGCAGCAACCAGAAGGACAUGCUGGGGAAGGUGGCUGAGAUCUGGAUUUUCUCUUUGUCCAGCCAGCCAAUUGAUCAUGAGGAGGUGGCACUACAUGAAGGACUGAAGAUAAAAUGCACAGAUAACUACUCAGAAGAGGAAUAUGAGAGCUUCUCUUCUGAACAGGAAGCCAGUGAUGAUGCAGUACAUGGACAAGAUUUGGAGGAUGAUGAGUAUGAUGUAAGAAAACCUAAGAAACAGAGGAGGUCCAUAGUAAGAACUGCGUCUAUCACAAGGCAGCAAAACUUUAAGCAGCGGGUUGUAGCUCUUCUGAAGAGAUUCAGAGUUUCAGAUGAGGUGCUCGACUCUGAACAGGAGGCAGUUGACCCCCCUCCAGAGGUCGAAGAGGACAUAGACCUGGAGAGUCUGGAGUUUGAAAAUCCCAGUGACAGCUGUCCGGAACUGGAUGACGAUGACAGUGUACUAAGCACUCCAAAGCCCAAACUCAAGCCGUACUUCGAGGGACUGUCUCUCUCCAGUUCCCAGACAGAAAUUGGCAGCAUCCAUAGCAAUAGCCAGCAUGAGCCCCCCAGUCCAAUGGAUCCCGACAAGGCAGGAAUCAGUAGGGCCAAAAUCCAGAUGGACAACAGUUCAGAUAACAUCUCCUUUUCUGUACUAAACCAGCAGGAGCACCCAGAGACUCUGUCUCCCAGCACUGAUAUAGAUUUGGACAGCAUGGGCACCUUAGAAAGGCUACCCCCUAGUGGCAGGAUGACCAAAACAGAGUCACUCAUUAUCCCUUCCAGCAAACAGGAGCCAAAGGUGACUGGACGGAGAGGUAGAAGUACUUCUCUCAAAGAGCGACAGCCGAACAGGCCGCAGAACGAAAGGGCUAACAGUCUAGACAAUGAACGUUCCCUGGAUACUCGCUGCCACCUACAGAUACCCAGAAAAACUGUAUACGAUCAGCUCAACCACAUUUUGGUGUUGGAUGACCACUUACCAGACAGUAUAAUACUCGUCAAUACGUCAGAUUGGCAGGGACAGUACCUGUCAGAUGUGCUCCAGAACCAUCACCUUCCAGUUGUCUGCACCUGUACUGCUGCUGACAUCCAGGCUGCUUUUAAUACCAUUGUCUCACGCAUCCAGAGAUUCUGCAACUGUAACUCCCAGACACCCGUCCCCAUGAAAAUUGCAGUUGCGGGAGCACAACAGUACCUCAGUGUAGUCCUGCGUCUCUUUGUUGACCACCUGUCCCAUAAGACCCCUGACUGGCUGGGUUACAUGCGCUUCCUAAUUAUCCCAUUUGGCUCCCACGCUGUCUCUAAAUACCUGGGCACUAUUGAUUACCGCUAUAAUAGUCUAUUCCAAGAUGCAGCCUGGAAAGACCUUUUCCACAAACCCGAGGCUCCAGUAGGGGUUCAGGAAUGCCCAGAUGUGGUAUCAAGGGUUACACAGUACAUGGUGGGUGCCAAUGGGGCACAUCAACUGCCAAUCGCUGAGGCUAUGCUUACUUACAAGCAGAAAAGGAAAAAGAGCUUUCAUUUUGAGUUAGCAUUAAGCCCAGAUGAAGAUUCCUGCCAGAAAUUCAUUCCUUUUAUUGGAGUGGUAAAAGUGGGCAUUUUAGAGCAAUCCUCUGCAACAUCAGGAGACUCUGAUGAUGCAGCGCCGUUUGGAUCGGGCCUCCUCUCCUCCACACCUCCACAGGUGUCCCCCGCCCUAAAAGAAGCGUCCCCCACCCCCCCUUCAUCCCCUUCAGUUAAUACUAGCUUCUGUUCAUACAGUUCCUCAGGAGGAGGACAGGGGGAGCUAAUGGGUCUUCAAGUGGAUUACUGGGUGGCUCCCUUGGACAGAAAGAGGGAUGUGGAAAAGAAGGAUUUUUCAUCCAAGAACACGUUGAAGUGCACCUUCCGCUCCCUGCAGGUCAGCCGGUUACCUCUGGGGGGGGCGGAGUAUGGCCCUCUACCCAGCAUGUCCAUGACCGUGGUUAUGAAGGAGAAGAAAAACAAAGUCAUGUUUUUGCCAAAGAAGACUAAGGACAAGGAAGUAGAGUCAAAAAGUCAGGUGAUUGAGGGAAUCAGCCGCUUGAUCUGCACUGCCAAGAAUCAACAGACAAUGCUUAGGGUACUCAUUGACGGCAUGGAGUGGAAUGAUGUUAAGUUUUUCCAGCUGGCUGCACAAUGGUCCUCUCAUGUCAAACACUUUCCCAUUGGCAUUUUUGGACAUUCCAAAGGCCCAUACUAGCACCUUUGUGGUUCAAACCUGGAACUGAAAAUAUCCGUCCACGUGCCAGCAGCUUUUACUCUCACCCAAACCUACCUCCUUUUGCCUGACCACUCUCCCUUCUCUCUUAAUCCCUGCUUUUUAAGUCUGUUUUGUUUUUACUUUUGUAAAACCAUACUUAGGCAGAACAAAGAAUGGAAAGCAAUGCUUUCUAUUUCAAGUGUCCUCCUUGCUUUUUAAAAGUUAUUCUCUGCUUAUGUUUAUAUAUGUUUAUAUAUUUGGAGGGAAAAUAUUACUGUAAUGAGAUCAAAUGAAUAAUUUAACUCCUAACUCGAAAAUACCCAUUUACGAAUUGCCUUUUUUGUUGUCAUUAAUUUGGAGCUAUAAUCCAGAAGUAAGAUGAACCACCAUAUUCCUUCUUUGUAGCAAAAUAUAAAAUUCCCUUUGAACUCCUCACAGUUUGGGGAAAGGAUGCCAAAUUUCUUUUGUAUAGCAGCAUCUACAUACAGACAUUUGUACUCACUGAAAUUGUGUGAUAAACAAAAAAUAAAUAUAGAUCUUCAUUACUGUAAUUCGCUUUGACACUGAUGGCCUAAAUUUUUCAAUCUCUAUCAUGAGGGAAGACCUAGAAAUGACACGGAAACGUGUUGAGAUUUGUUUUUGUACAAAUGGAAUUAGUACUGUGUGGCUUGUUCAUUUUGCACCGUGGCUCAAAAAUGAUCAAAUAUAUCUUCCCUCAUAUGGAUUAUAUUGCCAAACAAUAUUAUCUGAAUAUUGUUCAGCCCAUGUAUAACAAUAUGCCUUUUCCAUGGAAAGUUAUGUGGCAUACUUUUAUAAAAGGUGUACCUAAAGUAUUUUAAAACUUUCAGUAUGGAUUCAGUAAAUGGAGGGUAAGGAAGGUGGAUCAUUUUCUAGCCUUUCGCAAUCAUUUUUCAAUGAUAUCCAGCUUGAAAGGGGGAGAGAAUUGUGGAUUAUUAGGCACAAAACCAACUUGUGGUGUAUUUGUAAGGCUUUAGCCAUAUCUGCUUAACCUUCACAAAGAACAUGACUGAUGUGUCCGCUUAAAUACUCAAUUUCCAAAUAUGUGGAAUCAUUUGGGAGACUAUAAUAGCUCACUAGUUUAUUACUGUCAUACAUAAGAUUGUUUAUGUGAUGUUUGCACUGAGAAUUUUGUUUUAUUAAGAUGGAUUUUGUUUAUUUAAAAGUAGGGAAUUAUUUUAAGUAUUAACCAUUAAAAACCUUGAUUUGAACCCAGCUUUGCACUCCUAAAGAACCUUACCCUUCCCUGCCAUAGAAUUAAACUCCAUAAAUAAAACUGUCAUAUAACAGAAAAUGCAUGUAAUUUGAAAGCACAGAUAACUUGCCAUAGUUGUUUCAUUAUUGAUUGUUUAGCUUUAUUGUGGUGUUUGAUCUGAAAGCAAGGCAAACAAAUUCAAAAGCUAAGACUAAAUUAAGUACUAAGCACUUAAACGUCACAAAAAAGAAAACAUGAUUUUAUACCUGUGAUGAUAUGCCAUAAAAACCUUGGAGUAAUUUUAGUUCUAUAGAUGUUCUUGAUAAGACGAUUUGCGUUUUAUUCCUCUUCUAGGGGACGUCACAUAGAAUUUCUCUAAGAAAUACUGUGUAACUUUAAGACUACUACUGUAAUCCUUAAAUUGGGGAUAAUAAAACUACACUACACA